AUAUCUAAAAUUCUGGCCAAUAAAGUUGUGACCUUAUCGGCAAGUGUCAUUCUCGUUCGCUCUACUUCUUAAGACGACGCCGCCGCCGCUUCAGUGUUUGGUAGCAUGUAAAUCGCCACCACUUACAUGUUCGUCUCUCGUUUAUUUAAACCGAGUAUCACGAAAAUCGGAGUCACAGCCUUUAACACGAAAGGUUUGUUGCCCUGCACAAGGAGGUUUUCACAGUCACUCAUGGCUACAAAACCAAAAUCUUGCCGCCCCUGUCAACCUGCUGGGACAACUUCAGGGAGUUCAUCAAAGAAAGCUAGGGAAAUGAGCACUGAAUCCUCCAUGAAGGAUUCCUUUGUCCAAUAUGCUGACUACCUGAACAACCGCAACGACAAACGUGAGAGAGUGGUAAAGGCAAGUCGGGAUAUCACAAGCAAUAGCAAAAAGGUUAUAUUUCAGGUGCAUAGAAUUAGUAGAUGCAACAAGGAGGAAGUUUUAAAAAAGGCAGAGGAAGAUUUAGCAGCAGUGACAGAUCAGUAUAUGUCACGAUUGGUGAAAGAGCUGCAAGGAACUGAUUUCUGGAAGCUAAGACAUGCGUAUUCUCCUGGGGUGCAAGAAUAUGUUGAAGCUGCAAUAUUCUGUAAAUUCUGUAGAACUGGUGCUCUUUUGAAUAUUGAAGAGAUAAAUGCCAGUUUGUUACAACUCAGUGAACCAGCGAUAGAGCCAUUUCAAAUUAAUGUCCUUGACUAUAUCUUAGGGCUCUCAGACGUGACAGGAGAAUUGAUGCGGUUGGCUAUCGGUCGAAUAUCAGAUGGUGAACUUGAAUUUGCUCAGCAGAUAUGUAGGUUCACACGUGAUAUUUAUAGGGAGUUGACUCUUCUUGUUCCACUUAUGGAUGAUGGUUCUGACAUGAAGACAAAGAUGGAUACCAUGCUUCAAAGCGUGGUGAAAAUAGAGAAUGCUUGCUUUAGUGUCCAUUUGAGAGGAUCUGAGUAUAAACUGCUUGGAUAUAAUGAUCCAGAUUUGUCCCUGUUGGGGUUACAAGACAUUGUAUCAUGAAGUAACUUCUGCUUUCUGCGUUCCUUUGUUAGACUGGAAACAAUUUACAGAUAGAUUUUUCUUGUUUUGCAAAA